CCUCGUAUCAUCAUCCUCACGGACUCUUCGCUCUUUUAUCAAAUCCACUUUAGUAAUCCAUUUCCUUCCGAUUUAAAUCCGCACCAUCUCUCUCUGUCUCUCACACACGCCCACACACAAAACACCUUCUCUCUCACUCAUCAGAGUCAGAGGUCAAAUAUUUUCCAACCUUUCCCUCCCUUUUUUUGGUAUUUUCUUCCAGUCUUUCGCUUCUUUUUUUUUGCGUCUCUGUAAUUGUGAAGAAGACAUGGACGGGGGUGCUCUGUACAACCCGCGUACGGUUGAGGAGGUCUUCAGAGACUUCAAGGGUCGAAGAGCCGCCAUGAUUAAAGCUCUCACCACCGAGGUCGAAGACUUUUUUCAGCAGUGUGACCCUGAGAAGGAGAAUCUUUGCCUUUAUGGAUUUCCAACCGAGCAGUGGGAAGUUAAUUUACCAGCAGAGGAGGUUCCUCCAGAGCUUCCGGAGCCAGCACUUGGUAUUAACUUUGCAAGAGAUGGAAUGCAAGAAAAGGAUUGGUUAUCUUUGGUUGCUGUCCACAGUGAUGCAUGGUUACUUGCAGUGGCAUUUUAUUUUGGUGCUAGGUUCGGAUUUGAUAAGGCUGAUAGGAAACGCCUUUUUAAUAUGAUAAAUGAACUUCCAACAAUUUUCGAGGUUGUGACAGGGACAGUUAAGAAACAAGUGAAGGAGAAGUCAUCAAAUUCAAAUCAUGGCAGCAACAGAUCUAAAUCAAACUCUAAGCGUGGUUCUGAGCCUCAUCCCAGGUAUACAAAGGCAGUGCAAUCAAAGGAUGAGGACGAGGAGGGUCUGGAAGAUGACGAUGAGGACGAGCAUGGUGAGACACUGUGUGGGGCUUGUGGAGAGAACUACGCAUCUGAUGAAUUCUGGAUUUGCUGCGACAUCUGUGAGAAGUGGUUCCAUGGGAAGUGCGUUAAGAUCACCCCAGCUAGGGCUGAGCAUAUUAAGCAGUACAAAUGCCCAUCUUGCACCAACAAGAGAGCCCGGCCUUAAUGGUUUCUGAGGAAGUUGACAUCUUAUGUAUUAGGGUGGUUGACUGCUAAUUGUCUCGUAGGUCAGGUUGUCACUUGGUCUCAUGCCUGUAGUUUUAGGAGAUUUAAUCUCGGAUGUUGUGUAGGUUGCAAGUCUGCUAUUUAUUUUAGAUAUCAUAUGCCAGGAUGUUUAAAUUGAGAUUGGAAAUCAUUUUCCCCUCGUCUCGUCAGUGUGGGAUUUGUUAUCUAUAUGCAUGAAUGUGUUUAGUGUUUAUAAAAUUAACGGCCCAUUUCUCAGUUGACUUUUAUCGAUC